AUGGCAUCAUCUUCGGACCCAUGGAUGAAGGAGUACAAUGAAGCAUCCAGACUUGCUGAUGACAUCAGUUCCAUGAUUGCCGAUAGAGGGUCUCUUCCACAAUCAGGCCCAGAAAUUAUGCGGCAUACUUCAGCCAUCCGGAGAAAAAUAACUAUUCUUGGGACUAGACUGGAUAGCUUGGAGUCAUUGCUUGGCAGAAUUCCUCCAAAGUCAAUCACUGACAAGGAGAUGCAUAAGCGCCAAGACAUGCUUUCCAGCUUGAAGUCUAAAGCAAAGCAGAUGGCGACAAGUUUCAACAUGUCAAACUUUGCUAACAGGGAGGAUCUGCUUGGUCAGAGUAAAAAGGCAGAUGACAUGAGCAGAGUUGCUGGGUUAGAUAACCAAGGAAUUGUUGGCCUUCAGAGGCAAAUUAUGAAAGAGCAAGAUGAGGGUCUUGAGAAGCUGGAAGAGACAGUGCUGAGCACAAAGCAUAUUGCAUUAGCAGUCAAUGAAGAACUUACCCUGCACACAAGAUUGAUAGAUGACCUUGAAGAUCAUGUUGAUAUUACAAAUUCACGUCUUCAGCGUGUGCAAAAGAGGCUUGCAAUUCUGAACAAGCGCACCAAAGGGGGUUGCUCAUGCAUGUGCCUGCUUCUAUCUGUCGUCGCCAUCGUGAUUCUUGCGGUCAUUGUUUGGCUUCUCGUCAAGUAUCUGUAA